AUGCGCUUCUCUACUCUCUCCGGCACGGCUCUCGCCGCCGCCUCGGGCGUCAUGGCCAAGGAACUGGCCAAGGAUCUGGUCAAGGGUGCCGAGCUUUACGACUCUGGCUACAUCCACGAGAGGAACAUGAAGCACAAGAUGGAUGCUUGGAUGGGCGAGUUUGACGCCGGCCUCCUCAACUCGGAGGUCUGGCCGAGGCUCAACUACACCAAGUGCAUCGACGGCAAGGCCGCCGCUGUGCCCGGCAACGAGCUCCUCACGUUCCGCUGCAAGAACAUUGACCUGUACGACUUUAUCAACUUUGCCACUCUCGGCUCCCCCAACGGCUGGGAUGAGCUCGGCGACGGCAACCUCCUGACCGGUAGUGGUUCGUGGGGUUGGACCGACCCCAAGACGGGCCGUGAGUUUGCCGCCAUUGGCAUGUUCGACGGCACUGCCUUUGUCGAGAUCCUCAAGGAGGGAAGGUUGGCCCAGCUCGGCUUCCUGCCCGUGCCGGCCAAGACCAACCCCAACGCGCUGUGGAAGGAGAUUCGUGGUUUCAAGAACUACAUGAUCAUCGGCUCUGAGCUCGCCGGCCACGGCGUCCAGAUCUUCGACAUGAGCAAGCUGCUCACCGUCAACGCCUCGGCCGGCCCUGUCGUCUUCGACAUUGUCAAGGACGUCACGGCCCAUUGGAAGGACCUGCCCAACGGUCAGACGCACAACAUUGUCGUGGACGAGGAGAAUGAGUACUUCGCCGCCGUCGGUGCCCGCCCCAGGACCGACGUCUGCAAGUCGGGUCUCAUCUUUGUCGACCUCAAGGACCCCUCCAACCCCAAGAGGCUCGGCUGCAACGGACAGGACGGCUACGUCCAUGACGCGCAGUGCCUCACGUACCACGGCCCCGACACCAAGUACGAGGGUCACCAGAUCUGCUACGGCUACAACGAGGACACGCUCACCAUCUACGACGUGACCGACAAGGCCAACUCUAAGAUUCUCUCCGUCACCUCGUACGAGGGUGCUUCCUACACCCACCAGGGCUGGGUCCUCGACGUCAACUGGCAGGAAUACCUCCUGAUGGACGACGAGUACGAUGAGACCGACGGCCUCAACCCCGCCUCUGACGGUUACCCCGUGACCUACAUCUGGGACAUCAGGUCGCUUGAGGCUCCCAAGAACACCGGCAUCUACAAGGGCACUGUCGUUGCCACUGACCACAACCAGUACAUCAAGAACGGUCUCAGCUUCCAGUCCAGCUACGGUGCCGGUUUCCGCGUCUACGAUGUUUCCUCCAUUCCCGAGGACCCCACCGGUGCCGGUGUCUGCGAGAUCGCCUACUUUGACAUCUUCCCCGAGGAUGACAACCAGCCCGGCGGUGGCAGCGUCGAGAUGUUCGGCUCGUGGUCGAGCUACCAGUUCGACGGAAGCGGCUACGCCAUUAUCAACACGAUCGAGCGCGGCGUCUACCUCGUCAAGAUGACCAAGCGCGCGUCGUGCCCCAAGAAGCAGUCGUGCAACGCCGACAACUGCCUGCGCUCGCUGCGCUCGUCCAGCAUCAAGGGCCGCCUCGAGGAGAGCCAGAAGUUCUGCGGCGAGUUCACAAAGACGUACGUCAGCGACGUCAAGGUCGUGCCCGAGUACGCCUCCAAGGCGUGCGGCACCAACGUCAUCUCGCGCGUCAGCUCGGCGUGCCACUGCCUGCCUACCCCUACCGCGUGA